AUGAAUGUUGAGACUCCCACCACCUCUGAGGGGUUUCAGAUGGCCCAUCUGGGACUGAACCCUAAGAAGGUCUUCCGCAACCUGCCGGUGGCGCGAUUGUACGAGCUGGCGCUGAAGCAUGAGCCGGGGACAAUCAUCACCUCCACUGGCGCCCUGGCAACGGUGUCUGGCGCCAAGACGGGCCGCUCCCCGCGCGACAAGCGGGUGGUGCGCGAGCAGGGCACAGAGAAGGAGGUCUGGUGGGCCGCCCCAAACAGCGGGUCGCCCAAUCACGAGAUGGACGAGAGGUCGUUCCUCCUCAACCGCGAGACCGCCCUGGGCUAUCUUAAUUCGCUGCCGCACGUGUUCGUAUUCGACGGCUUUGCCAACUGGUCCCCAGAGUCCCGCAUCAAGGUGCGCGUCAUCACUGAGAGGGCCUACCACGCGCUGUUCAUGUCCAACAUGCUCAUACGGCCCACCCCUGCGGAGCUGGACGACUUUGGGGAGCCCGAGUUUGUUAUCUACAACGCAGGUGCGUUCCCGGCCAACCGCUACGCCAACUACAUGACGUCAUCCACCAGCGUGGCCAUCAGCCUGAAGCACAGGGAGAUGGUCAUCCUGGGCACUGAGUAUGCGGGAGAGAUGAAGAAGGGCGUCUUCAGCUACAUGCACUACCUGAUGCCCAAGCGUGGCAUCUUGUCGCUGCACAGCGGCUGCAACGUGGGCCACGAUGGGGAUGUCACGCUCUUUUUCGGCCUCAGCGGCACCGGCAAGACCACCCUCUCGACAGAGCCCCACCGGCCCCUGAUCGGCGACGACGAGCACUGCUGGGGCGACGGCGGCGUGUUCAACAUUGAGGGCGGCUGCUACGCCAAGUGCAUCGGGCUGCAGGCCAACAGCGAGCCGGAGAUAUUCAAGGCCAUCAGGUUCGGCGCUGUCCUUGAGAACGUGAUGGUCAAGGGGCCCAGCCGCCAGGUCCACUACGCCUCCAGCGCCCUCACAGAGAACACGCGCGCCUCCUACCCCAUCACCUACAUCGACAACGCGCGCAUCCCCUGCGUGGGCCCCCACCCCCGCAACGUGGUGCUGCUGUGCUGCGACGCGUUUGGGGUGCUGCCGCCGGUCAGCAGGCUGACGCUGGAGCAGGCCAUGUACCACUUCAUCAGCGGGUACACGUCCAAGGUGGCUGGCACUGAGAUGGGCAUCACCGAGCCGGAGGCCACGUUCAGCGCCUGCUACGGCGGCGCGUUCCUCAUGUGGCACCCCAUGAAGUAUGCUGCCAUGCUGGCUGAGCGCAUGUCAAAGCAUGGCACCAAGGCAUGGCUGGUCAACACCGGCUGGACCGGCGGGAGCUACGGCGUGGGCAGGCGCAUGAGCCUCAGGAAGACGCGCGCCAUCAUCGACGCGAUCCACUCUGGGGAGCUGUCGCGCGUGGAGACCGCCGCGCUGCCGCUGUUCGGCCUGCAGGUCCCAGUCAGCUGCCACGGCGUGCCGCACGAGGAGCUGCAGCCCCAUAAGGCCUGGGGCAAUGAAGACGCCUACAACUCAACGCUCACCCACCUGGCGCGGCUGUUUGUGAACUCGUUCAAGCAGUACCUGGAGGACGCUCAUGAGCACGUGGGCAGCGAGCUGGCGGAGCGAAUCCUCACGGGCGGCCCUGAUGGUGCCCAGCUGGAGGCUUACGAGGCCAAGCACGAGCCCCUGAGCGGUUCCAAGCUUGGCACCACCGGCGCGCCCAAGACGGCCGCCGCCAAGGCCGAGGGGCCGGCGAUGGCAGCUGCCGCAGGGGUUUUGGCCUUGGCGCAGCUGGUGGCGGCGUGA